UUUCUGCUGUCAGAGAAUCUCAGAGGUUCUUUCUGCUGUCAGAGAAUCUCAGAGGUUCUUUCUGCUGUCAGAGAAUCUCAGAGGUUCUUUCUGCUGUCAGAGAAUCUCCGGUUCUCUGGUUUCUGUCUGGAUUAAUCUGAUGAACCAACAAGAUGUCGGUGAACCUGAGUAAGAACGGAGCGGCCCUGAUGGCGGCCUACAAAGACGUGGUGGACGGGAAGUCGAAGAAGAACUGGGCUUUAUUCACCUACGAGGGGAACAGUAACGACCUCCGGCUGGCACAAACUGGAGACGGUGGGCUGGAGGAGCUGGUGGAGGAGCUGAACAGUGGGAAGGUGAUGUACGCUUUCUGCCGAGUCCAAGACCCAAACUCUGGUCUGCCCAAAUACGUCCUCAUAAACUGGACAGGUGAAGGUGUGAAGGACUCCAGAAAAGGAAUCUGUGCCAAUCAUGUGAGCUCCAUCGCAGGAUUCCUGAAGGGAGCCCAUGUGACCAUAAACGCCCGCGGAGACGAAGACGUGGAACCAGAAACCAUCCUGGACAAAGUGGCCAAAGCUUCAGGAGCCAACUUUGACUUCCACCAACGAAAACAGGAAUACAGAGAUGCUCCCAGAGGACCAGUGGGUUCUGUGUACCGUAAGACCAACGCCGUGGAGGAGAUCCAGCAGAUCAACAAGGACGACUUCUGGGGGAAAACUCAGAGGGACGAGGAGGAACGUCGGCAGCAGGAGAACCGCAGAGCAGAACAGCAGAAGCAGCAGCUGGAGAAGGAGAGGAAGGAGAUGGAGGAGAAGCAGGCUGAGGAGAGGGAGAGGCAGGACCUCAGGAGAACCCAGCAGAUCCAGCAGGACAGGAUCCAGCAGCAGCAGAGAGAAGAAGACAGAAGGAAGGAGGAGCAGCAGAGACGGAAUCAGGUGGAAUCUAGUAAAAAGUCGACAGGAAUCAACUCAGCAGCUUCUGUUCAGAAAGCCAACGAAGCCAAAUCACUGGUUUCUCAGAGAUCCUUCAACCCCAGAGACGUCUUCAGACAGAAGGAGCAGAACCCAGAGAACAGAAGACCCAGUCCUGCUGCCUCCAGACCUGGGAAGCUCCAGAGUCCGUUUUUAUCUCAGAAAUCAUCAGAGAGAAAAUCUGUUCAGCCUCGGGAUCAGCUGAUCUCUGCUCCAGCUGUCACCCCCCUGACUCCUGUCUCACCUGUCUCACCUGUCUCACCUGCUGCACCUGAAGAACCCACAAGAAGCCCAGAGAUCACAGACUCACCUGUUCAACCUGCAGACGUUGCUUUCACAGAAGAAGAAGAAGAAGAAGAAUGGUCGGAUGAGUUUGAUGACGACGGACCGACUCCAGAACAAACUUCAGUUCAAGAAGAUCUUUAUGAAGCUCCACAAUCAGCCGACCAGGAGGAGGAGGACCUCUAUGAAAACGUUUACCAGCAAACACCAGCAGCUGAAGACGUUCCUGUGGAGGCAGCAGAACAGGGCAUCUGUGCCAGAGCUCUGUACGACUACCAGGCCGUGGACGACAGUGAGAUCACCUUCGACCCCGAUGACAUCAUAACUCAGAUCGACAUGCUGGACGAAGGCUGGUGGAGAGGAUUCGGACCCGACGGACACUACGGCAUGUUUCCUGCCAACUAUGUGGAGCUUCUCUAGAGUCAAUCAUCUGUCUUUUUAGUUUCAUACAGCUGGAAGAUCAAAGUUUCUCCUGAACCAACGUCACUGAAUUAUCAGACUGCUGUAAAAAUCAGUCAUCAAUAAAAACUGCUGUUCUUCUA